AAUCAUUGCUUGGUGUCCGCAAGCAUGGACUCUGCCGGUUCGAUAUGAAAAAAGCAGGCUCGUGAUGUCUCGAUGCGAGUGCCUUAGAAUGCUAACGAUGUUGGAAUUAGAGCGUGCAUCAGCCUUUUGUCUGCAGUAUUGCCUAUGAUAGCUGUUUUCUAUCUGUCACUGGGGCCUCAUUUACAUACAACAGCAUAACUUAAACCUACAGGUUGUCAACAACUUGUCGGGAUGCCGCGUCGCCGAUGUCCCUGCUGCCUAUCAUGGGUUCCCAGCACCAUGUGCAGCAGAUGUUCUGCCCACCUAAUUAUGGCGUUGCAGGUUGUUGUGCUGGUGUCUAUCUGCCAAGCUCUAGAAGACUGCAACGGUCUUAAAAUGCUGUUUGCCCAAGCUAGGGAUAGCCACGAAGCUAAACGCCCUCCAUAUUGAAGAGUUUCAAGCACGAUCAGCGGGGAUAACGCACAUUCGCCGGUUGGGAGAGCCCGACGAUAGACCUAGUGUACGCGAUAGCGUACCUUCGCAGGUCAUGGACGCUGUCAUCGAAAAGGUCUCCAAGCAGUGCUUGACUAUUGCAACUCAAGUUUCCAGCGACCGUGGCGAGGAAACCCAGCAUGUAUAUCGUCUAUAUAAGAGGCGGUUUGUCGGCCAGGUUGCGCUGUUCUUUCUGUGCGUCGCGAGCGCUAUGCCAUGGCCUUGGUUUGGUCCUAUCGCUAACGAGGUAUUCGAUGAACUCGGUUUCUCCCUUGAUCGCGUGAAUUGGUUGGGGACCGUAACUAAUGCGGUUCUCCUUCCUGUUUCACUGAUUGUACCGGAUACUUGCUCGAGAUAUGGAAUACGACGCACGUGCGAUAUCGGCGCUCUCCUCAUGUUGGUAUCCGCAUGGAUACGGUAUGCUGGAACCGCUCGAGUAUCGCAAAACGCAUCGUACGCUCUCAUCAUGAUCGCACAAAUUCUAGGCGGGGCUGCCCAACCAUUCUUUCUCAUUUUGGGACCCAAGUACUCCGAGACCUGGUUCGACCUCAAAGGUCGUAUGACUGCCACGAUGGUGUUGUCUGUAGCUAAUCCUGUUGGAGGCGCUCUUGCCCAGCUCAUUAGCCCGAUUCCUGGCAAUACAAAGACAUCAAUCCUUAUUUUAGGAAUUAUCCAGACGGUAGUCGGUCCUCUCGUCUUUUUAAUCGGGAAUGCUCCGCCUACACCUCCAACAUUCGCAGCGACUCAGAAAGCGCCAGGAAACGUAUCUCUGGUCCGUGCCAUGUUCGGAAAGGAACCUGCAGCUCUCCCGACCUAUAUGACCUGGCGUGAACGGUUCGACUUUGCGAUCGUCACUCUUGUAUUCGGAGUAUUGGUUGGAGUGGUUACAUCGUUUUCCGUCCUAACCGCCCAGUUCUUCGGACCCUAUGGCUACUCGGACACUAUAUCCGGACUCAUGGGAGCUGUGCUUCUCAUUGUCGGAAUCGUCUUCGCCAUUAUCACUUCACCACUAUUCGACAGAGUUAUAACGUAUCAUAUGGCUUUGGCUUGCAAGAUCCUCUGCCCAAUCUUCGGAAUUCUGUGGCUGAGUCUCAUAUGGGCUGUAAAACCUCAUAACACAGGAGGCCUGUUUGCGAUUAUGGCGUUGAUGGGAGCAACCAGUCUGACAAUGUUACCCGUCGCACUGGAGCUUGCUGUAGAGUUAACGAGAAACGCGGAUGGAAGUGCAGCUAUCCUUUGGUUUUCGGGUAACCUUUUCGGAAUAAUGUUUGUCUUAUCUGAGGACUCCAUGCGAGCUGAUGACUCUGCAAAUCCACCUCAAAAUAUGCAUCGUGCACUCAUCUUCCAAGGCGCUUUCGUGUGCGGUAUCGCAGCCUUUGUUUUCUUUAUUCAAGGGGAACAGAAACGAAGAAGGAUAGAUGAACAGCACGCAAAGGACUCGAGAGAGGCGAGGGCACAGAUUGAUUUAUCGCCCACUUCUCCAGAAACGAGGUCGAAGUGAUCCUUCGAUGCCUUAUUUCUGUCGAUAAACAUUUAACAUCUUAUCGGAUAAGAUACCACUUAGUUUGUUGGACUUGUAUGCGUAGUAUGUAAAGCACAGCCCGUCUUCGUUGUAUUGUUACUGGACAAUAUACCUUGUAACGUUAAGUGGUUACAAGCCUAUCUCCUUCUACUUC